AACUGAACGGUACUAGAAGUAGGUACUGAGAAGUCCAAGCAGUAGACCCACUUGAGAUCCAAACAUCGAAGAGUCAUGGCAAGUCAAAGUCAGGGAGUUCAACAAUUGUUGGCUGCAGAGAAAAAGGCAGCUGAAAGAGUUGCAGAAGCAAGGAAGCGUAAAGCUCGUCGUCUGAAACAGGCAAAGGAUGAAGCACAGUCAGAAAUUGAAAAAUUUAGACAAGAACGAGAGCGACAGUUCAAAGAGUAUGAAGCAAAGCACCUUGGUUCACAAGAUGAUGCUGCAUUAAAGAUCAAGAAUGAGACCCAUGAGAAGAUUCUUGCAAUGAACAAGCAAGUGGGUGCUCAUAAGGACAAGGUAAUUGAGCGUAUUUUGCAACUUGUGAAUGACAUCAGGCCGGAAAUGCACAUUAAUGCCAAGAAGGAAUAAGACACACUUUCCAUUUGAUGUGUUUCUCUAUUUAUGGUGUUAUAGUAGGUGGUUGUAGCUGUUUAUGGUGUCAUAAGAAUGGAAUGUUUACAUUAACAUUGAUUAAAUAUUGGGUUGACAAAUUUAGCUUACCUCUUACAGUUUCAAAGAGCCCAUUCCUUUUAUAAACUUUUUUUAAGGUUUGUAUUUUAGUGUAACAUAGUUCUGGAUUAACACUCCCCAUGUAUUAUUUUAUUGCCGAUAUGUCAUAGUUCACAAAGUUAUUCAUAAGUCAUUCCAUCAGUGAAAUGAGUAAAUGUUGCCAUGUGAUGAUGUGUAUAGUGUAUAAUAAAAUAUUUGAUUUUG